AUGGCUUCUAACAAGCUUGUCAUGCUCACCAUUGUUGCCAUAUUUCUUCCUGCAAUGGCCUUAGCGACGGAUUAUAUCGUCGGGGAUGACAGUGGAUGGACAACCGGUUUCGAUUAUCAAGCUUGGGCAAAGGAUAAAGUAUUUCGUGUUGGCGAUAAAUUAGUGUUUCAGUAUCCUAAAGGAUAUCACAAUGUGUUUAAAGUAAACGGUACGGGCUUCAAGAAUUGUGACAUUCCACCGGAAAACCAAGCUCUCACAUCUGGGAACGAUACGAUUGUUCUUAAGACUCCAGGAAAGAAGUGGUACAUCUGUGGUGUUGCUAGCCAUUGUUCCAUGUAUGCCCAAAAGCUUACUGUCUUUGUUCAAUAUCCCUUCGGCUUGGCACCAGCCCCGGCUCCAACUCAACCUUCAGUGCCUGCAACACCUGCUCCUGCACCUCGACUACCAGUCACUCCUUCAGUGCCUGCAACACCAACUCAACAUUGGGCUCCAACUCCUGCACUUUCAAUGCCUACAACACCAACUCAACCUUGGACUCCAGCUCCUGCACCUUGGGCACCAUCCACACCUUCACUGGCAGUAGCACCAACACCGGCUACACCUUCUGUGCCAGCAACACCAUAUGAACCUUGGGCUCCAGCCCCUGCACCCUGGGCACCGACUACACCUUCUGUGCUAGCAACACCAUCUGAACCUUGGGCUCCAGGCCCUGCACCUUGGGCACCAACUACACCUACUGUGCCAGCAACACCAUCUAACCCUUGUGCUCCAGCCCCUGCACCCUGGGCACCGGCUGCACCUUCUGUGCCAGCAACACGAUCUCAACCUUGGGCUCCAGGCCCUGCACCAUGGACAGCAGCUACACCUUCUGUGACAACAACACCAUCUGACCCUUGGGCUCCAACUCCAUCUCCCUAUCCAUGGAUUUGA